AUGUCGGGGGCAUUCUGGAGAUUUGGUAAUGAUUACCAGGUGAUGUCAGCGAUCAAUAAAUUGCUCGACGAUAUUUCCGACGAAGCCAGAGAAUUGAAUUAUCACCCCUCGGUGGAAGACCAGGAUAAAACAUUACAAAUGACUAUAGAAGAAAUCGAAGAAGAUUCAGAUAUUGAGGUGUUGGAUAAAUUGUUAGAUCAGCAGGAUAUUUUGCAAGAAUUGUUGAGUUCCAACACCAGAUUGAUUGACUUUUUGAAGAAUUUCAAAAUCUUAAAUCGAUUAGUGGAGCUUGUGAUCCUUGAUUUCGACGAAUAUAAUAAAUUAAAGGCUAGGCAGGAGAAAAAGAAAAAGGAGAGUUUGAAAAACCGUGAAAAUGACAACAGUGGCGAUGAGACCCUUGAUACCCAAGCCGACAAUGAGAUAAAAGAAAAUGAUGCUGAUACUGUUGUUGUUAAAGAACAGGAAAGUGAAAAUGCUAACGAAUACAGCUCGUCAUCGCUGUCUUCUCCAUCGGAGUCAGAUGGUAAUGUGACUCCUCACAGGUCUGAAUCCUCAACCAUGGAUGAUAAUUCCCUUUCUUCUUUCCUUGAUAGCAACUCUUACUACCAUUUAGAUGGUACUAAUGACGACGACGAUGAUGAAAAUGAGGAUCUCAAUGAUGGUCCCGAGGAGAUCUAUUCCCGUCGUUGCCAAGUAGCGGCAGAGAUUUUGUCUUCUGACAUUUGGUCGAUCACUGACGCGUUCAUCAAUUACCCAAGACUUCUUAUUAAACUUUGGACGAUCCUUGACUCGCAAAAGCCGUUGUCUAUGAUGAAAUCAACCUUUUUCUCGAAAAUCAAUGAGCAUUUGUUGGAUAUGAAAUUGGAAGAAUUGGUAUCGUAUAUAAUAAAUCAUGAAAGAAACUUGACAAACCGAUUCUUCAAUCACAUCAACAAUCCACAGCUUAUGGAUUUCUUGUUGAAGUUGAUUUCCACUGACAAGUCCAACAAUUCGAAUGGUAUCAUUCUAUUAUUGAAGCGUCAGAAAUUUAUUCCAAAAUUGAUUAACUUCCUUAAACCAAAGUACGAUAACGCCAUUCAAACCUCUGCUGGUGACUUUCUCAAGGCCUUCAUCACGAUCUCCGGCAACUCUGCUAGUGGUCAAGAUGGUAAUGGUGCCGCUGACAACUCGCUCAUUGGCCCUAAUGAGUUGACGAGACAGUUGGUUUCCAAGAAAAUGGUCAAAAAGUUGGUCAACAACAUGCUUUGUGGUGGCAAUUCUUUAUCCAACGGGGUUGGUAUUGUCAUUGAAAUUAUUCGUAAGAAUAAUUCUGAUUACGAUGUUUUCCAGGUGUUAUUUAUUACCAUUGAAACCCAUCCUCCACAAUUGAGAGAUCCUAUUUAUUUAGGUAAUUUGGUCAAAGUGUUUUCGAGAAACAUCAAACGUUUCAAAAAGAUGCUACUUCAUGGAAGUAUUCAGCAUCCUUUGGACAAUCAUCAAAAAACUAAGGUCGAUACCAGCUUUGGUAAAAAAAUUGAACCUUUGGGCUUUGAAAGAUUCAAGAUUUGUGAAUUGGUGGCGGAAUUAUUGCAUUGUUCUAACAUGGCUCUAUUAAAUGAGGCCACGGGAGAAAAGAUGGUCAAGGAACGUGAUAUCGAGCGUGCUAAAGUGUUGAAAUCAGAAUUUGAAAUGUUUGAUGAAGUUAGACAAAAUUAUUUGCAAGAACUUAAAUUGAAUGGAGAUGAGCGUUUGGCUGGGUAUAUCGAAAACGACACUUUGCCAAUUAGUGAAAAUGUCUGGGUCGAUGCUACUGAUUCCGAAGACGAAAUCAUCAAGGAUGAUCAUAGCCAUGAAAUCGUGUCUAACAUCAAUAGAUUGAGUAUUAACGAUGAAGCCAAAGACAGUGCUUCUGUGAAGUCUAUUCGUUCGGAACAUAACAAGAACAAGAGAGCCAAGGUGAAUAAGAACAUUAAAUCUAAGGAAGGGGUCAUUGAAUCCGAAUCGGAUGAUGACAGUGAUUCUGAAGUGACCAACACUGACUCUGAUGAUGAAGACACCAUGUUGGAUGACGAUAAUGAUACUAUCACCGAUGAUGAAGAUUCCGAAAAUGAUAAUGAUGAUGACAGUGAUACGGUCUACGAAAUUGAUUUAUCUGACCAAGUCAGUAGCGAGGAUGAAUUGGAUACUAAGAUUGCAGGUGAUGAAUUUACUUUUGAUUUUGGUGAUUUAAUUCAAGCUGAUUCCUACAAGAAUGAAUUCCGCGUCAAAGAUCGUCAGUAUUACGAUGCCGAAGAGAAAAGCAUUCGUGAUAAGUUUGUGGUGGGAGAUCAAUUGAAAAUCGCAUUACAGGACUCGAACAUUAUUUUGAUCAUCAUUGAUUUCUUCUUCAAGUUCCCUUGGAAUAACUUCUUGCACAAUGUUGUGUACGAUAUCAUUCAACAAAUCUUGAAUGGUUCAAUUGACGUUGGCUUCAACAAGUAUUUGAUCAUCAAUUUGUUUUUGAAACAAAGAGGGUUCAUUUUGGAGAAAAUUCUCCGAGGGUAUGAAUUUUCCGAGAAAUACGAAAAAUUGAACAGAUCGUUGAGAUUGGGGUAUAUGGGUCAUUUAACAUUGAUUAGUGAAGAAAUCGUCAAGUUCUUAUCGUUUAGCAAUUUGAAGAAUUUAUUCUGGGAACCACUUGAAGGUCAAGAAAAUUUGGAUAAAGAAUAUGAAUUUGUCAAUAAUGGUGAAGAAUGGAAUAAUUAUGUUAAUAACAUAUUGAUUGAAACAAGAGAGCAAUUCAAUUCUGUUCUUGGAGGAGGAAGCUUGACUGAUGACUAUGAAAUUGUUGAUGAUUCAAACGAUGCCGAUAAUAAUGAUAUAGACGACAAAGAAAAUGGCCAUAUUCAACAAGAGAACGAUAAUGAUGACGAUGAUGAUGAUGAUGAUGAUGAUGACGAAGAAGACGAUGAUGAUGAUGACGAUGAAUAUCAUGGGAACAAUUCUAAUGGCGAUCACGAAGUUGACAACAACGAUGAUGAAUUUACUCAUGAUACUGGUAAUCACCAAGCUUCCGAUGCAAGAACCGAAACUUCUCAAGCGUUCUACUAUGAUAAUUUAGAUAAAGACGAUGACUAUAAUCACGAAUCCAUCAACAGCGAUAAAGAACAUGAACUAAUCAGUGGGUCGGAUGCCAUUCUAGGUGAUACAGAUAUUUCCAAAAAUGAUCAAUAUAAGUGGCAUUAUUUGGAUAAAUCGGAAUACAAUUCCGGUAAUGAUAUCAAUGGUGAUAGAGAUGGUGAUGUCGGUGAUGCCGAUGAUGAUGAUGAAUAUAUUGAUCCAAAUGAUGACGGAAACAAUUAUGCUAACAACAACAAGGAUCUUUAUCUGUAUUCAAGUAUCAUCUCUCAUACCACCGAAAAUGACGCUGAUAAGUCCAUGGAAGAUGAAGACUUGGAAGACUUGGACGUGGAUGAUGAUGUUGAUAUUGAUGAUGAUGAUGAAACUUAUGGGUUAAGCAGAAGCAAAAGUAAGGGCGAUAUGAGCUGGAACGACGAUGAGCAGAAAAGAUUGUUAACCAUGGCCAACUAUAUUCAUAACAAUACUGGCGGAAGUGCAGUUGAACAUUGA